ACCUAUCCUCUUGGCCACCAUAAAAUUAAAUACACACAAACGUGAAUCUCAAAUAUUAUUUUUAAUAUUGUAGAAAAAAAGAGGAAAAAUCCCGUUUUCAAAACCCAAUCUUCCAUCUGCCAACCAAUACUUCAUAUUUUGCAGGAAUUAAUGGUACGUGGGAAAAAACUUCAACCAGCUUAAUCCCCCAUUGACUUCGGAAGAACAAACCCAUCUCUCUCUCUACAACUCUCUCUCUCUCUCUCUACAACUUUCUCUCUCUAAGACUACUAGGCAGGCAGAGUGUCAGAUCUGUAGCUGGGUUUCCUUUCAUAGCUCCCUCGGAUAUAUCCCUCUGCAAAAUCAACAGCUUAUUAAUUGUAGGGAGCUUCUUGCAAUUUUUGGCAGUGGUGUAUACAAAAGUUUUCAAACUAAAUUCGGGAAUGGGAUAAUGAAAUGGAGUAAAAUGCAAGAUUCACUUAGUUAUAAUGGGAACAAUCAGUUACGUUAAUAUCGGAGGUUAUCUUGAAGAGAACCUUGAACUGCCAAUUAGAUGUCUUCGAGUACAAGUGCAUCUCAGCAGUUGACGGAUCGUGGGACGCAGAAUAGGAGCACUGAUGUCUUCAACAGGCAUGGCUCUGAAACACAGCUUGCUCCAAAGAAUUUAAAAGAUGACAAUGGUGUCCAUAUUAAAGAUCCAGAAGCUAUGGAACUUUAUUCCCGAGCCAGAGCUCAGGAAGAGGAGAUCCAAUUUCUUCGUGGGCAAGUUUCUGUUGCUUGUGUGAAGGAAUUGCGCUUGGUGAAUGAGAAGUAUGCAUUGGAGAGGAAAUUUGCUGACUUACGGAUGGCAAUUGAUGAGAAGCAGAACGAAGCCACUACUUCUGCGUUAAAUGAGUUGGCUCGCAGAAAAGGAGAUCUUGAAGAAAAUCUUAAACUAACUCAUGAAUUGAAGGCUGCAGAUGAUGAGAAGUAUAUCUUCAUGUCAUCCAUGCUAGGGUUAUUGGGUGAAUAUGGGAUUUUGCCCCAAGUCAUAAAUGCGUCUGCCAUAUCAAACAGUUUAAAGCAUCUACAUGAUCAAUUGCAGUGGAAGAUUAGAACUUCCCAUGAUAAAUUUAGACAAUUAACCUCCGCAGUGGACAAUCAUGCUGAAACUGAAUCUCAUGGUAAAGAUAGCCGUGGUUCUGCUAUUUUGAAUGGUCAAUUUCCUGAUAGAUCCACAGUACUGAUGGGACGGCAAGGCUUUGAUCGUUAUACUGAUGAGCAACAUUUGGAGCCAACUGACACAUUGCCGAAAUAUGUGACUGACAUCCAUGGGAUGAAAAUGCUAGUAAAUAAUGAAAUUCCGCCUGAGUUCACAACCAAUGCAGAGAGGGAUAUGGCUAGAUUUAUUAAUAGAGAUGAUGCAAAUGUGAGAGGCGGGAGUAUGAACAAUGGUACCUCAUUUUCUCCUUACACCACUCAAGAUGAGAUUGCUCCCUCUGUUUCUGAAGUGGGCCCUGGAAUAGAGAAUUUUCAGAUUAUUGGUGAUGCUAUUCCGGGAGGCAAACUUCUUGGCUGUGGAUAUCCAGUACGUGGGACCUCACUUUGUGUGUUUCAGUGGGUUCGUCAUCUUCAGGAUGGAACUAGGGAGGUCAUUGAAGGUGCCACAAAUCCAGAAUAUAUUGUCACUGCUGAUGAUGUUGAUAAGAUAAUUGCUGUUGACUGCAUACCGAUGGAUGAACAAGGCCGUCAGGGGGAGCUAGUGAGGCAUUUUGCUAAUGAUCAGAACAAAAUUAGAUGUGACCCAGAGAUGCAAAUGGAGAUUGACACACAUAUUUCUAGAGGACAAGCCAGUUUUAGUGUUCUACUACUGACGGACUCUUCUGAAGAUUGGGAGCCAGCAACUCUGGUUCUGAGACGGUCAGGCUAUCAAAUCAGGAUCAAUACCACAGACGCUGUUUUAUUUGAAGAAAAUUUCUCGAAGGAGUUAUCGAUCAAAGUUCCUUGUGGCUUCUCGACACAAUUUGUGUUGACACGUUCUGAUGGAUCUUCUCAUCCAUUUACAACAUACAGUAUUCGGUUGCGUGAUACUCUCGUGUUGACCAUGAGAAUACUCCAAAGCAAGGCACUGGAUGACAGAAGGAAAGGAAGAGCAUAGCCCGUAUUUGAGCAUAAUGUUUAUACCCAUUAUUCAUUCAUAGUAGAAACGAGAAAUAAUGAAUUAGACGACGGCGAUUUAAAUUGUAGAAUGUGUAACUAAAAGAUAAAAGGAAAAUCUUUUAUAACUUGUAUUAUGAUACAUAGAUUUCUAUUUCUGAACCACAGUAUCAUGUUGUAUGACCUCAUCUUUUAUUCAACCAUGUAUAACUUUUUGCAUA